AUGGUGAGCGAUAACGGUGACCCGAUGAUGGUAAUAACAAAUGAGUCUCAGAGAACUGUUCCGACGCCGUUUCUCAUCAAGACCUUUAACCUCGUUGAAGAUCCUUCCAUCGACGACGUCAUCUCAUGGAACGAAGACGGUUCCUCCUUCGUCGUCUGGAACCCGACUGACUUCGCCAGAGACUUGCUUCCUAAACACUUUAAACACAACAACUUCUCCAGCUUUGUCCGUCAGCUCAACACUUACGGGUUCAAGAAAGUAGUCCCUGAUCGGUGGGAGUUUUCGAAUGAUUUCUUCAGGAGAGGAGAGAAACGUCUUCUCAAAGAGAUCCAACGUCGAAAGUUAACGCCUCAAGCAGCUGUUACUCCGCCGCCUGAAGUGGUUGCGGCGGCGGCGGCUCAGAGAGUUCAGACGACGAAAACGGUCGUGUCUCCGUCGAGUUCUGCGGAAGAUCAGGCGGUAUCUCCGUCGUGGUAUUGUCAAACCGGAAACGGUGGUGGCUUGUCUGUUGAGCUGUUAGAAGAGAACGAGAAGCUUCGGAGUCAGAACAUCCAGCUUAACCGUGAGCUUACUCAGAUGAAAUCCCUCUGCGAUAACAUCUUCAGCCUCAUGUCCAACUUCUCCGAAUCUCCUCCUGAACGGAGCUCUUCUCCCGGAGCUAGUACCAGUCAUGACGCGAUGAAAACGGUGGAGUUUUUACCGGCGAAGCGGUUUUCGGUUGAGACGGAGGGUGAGGAAGAAGCGAGUCAUAGGCUUUUCGGUGUUUCGAUAGGGCUGAAACGGACGAGAAGCGAAGGUGUUCAGGUGAAGGCGGUGGGAGAGAGACCCGGCGGAGGAGGGGAGAAGGAGGAGACGCCGUGGCUGAGACACUAUAAUAGGACCAAUCAGAGAGUCUGUAAUUGAACGGCUCGGAUUGUGUGUGCGCGAAGUAGAGGAUCAAAGCUUGCAGACAAUAGGCACGUGUCUUGUCUGUUUCAAGAAGUUUCAUCAAUCUUGACUUCUUCUCUAACAUGUUGUCAUAAAAAACGCUCUUUUUGACUUUUUUCAUUUCUUUUUCUCUUUUGGGGAUAUAAAAUUAUAAUAAUUGUCUAGCUGAAGGAGAUGUAGAGAACAGAUCAAUUAGCAUUAAUAGCGAAACUGGAAGUUGUGGUGAAGCUUCCGGAAUCUCCUGUUUGGUGGGCGCGGGCGCGGAUCAUACAACGUGGACAACGUUUCUUCAAAUAUCACUAGUAGAUUCUCUAUAAUCAAUAAUUAGUAUUUACUAUUUAGUAGUAGAACUUGAAUUGUAGUUUACUGUGGAUGACGAUUAUUAUGUAACGAAUAGAUCAUCACAAAUCACAUGUGGUUUUGAUUA